UUCCCAUGGCGCUUCUCAAGAGUAAUGAUACUAGGGCUCUCUUCUUGGCGGCGAUCGUGGUCAUGGCCAUGGUGUUGACACCCUGCCCUGCACACGGAGCAAAUGAUGAGAAGUGCGAGCAUAUGCCGGGGUGCACUAUCAGUAAGUGCCGCGACCGGUGCAAGCAGUGGGGGUAUGGCAACCCUGUGAUAAACUGCUGGAACACGCCACCAGAUACAGUUUUGGACACAUGCUGCUGCUUUAGUAAUGCUGCUAGAAAAUUGGCUUGAUUUUUAGUACCGACAACUCUAGCUGGAUCUUGACUGAUCGAUCCAAAUAAAUAUAUCAUGAUAUUUUGAAUGGAAAUAAAUCCUUGUUUUGAA